GCUUCAACUCCUACCACGCGACGAUGCGUGCAAGCGAAAGUGAAUUGAAAAAUUGUGGCCUCAAUCAUUGGUAACGAGUAAAAAUUCGCAUCAGAUAAGAACUGAUCGUUGUGCUGAUCGGUUGGCUUAAACUCUAUUACACUCAGUUGCUCACACAAUAACACCGUCCAGUUUAAAGUUGAUUGUUUUGUUACAAUUUAAAAUUCCUAGUUUUAGUUGAGUUUGUUUUAGCUACAAUGAAAUGCAUACGGUUCUUAUUGAUAUUGACGUUUGUGCUGUGCAUACAAAAUGGUUUUUCUGCCAAAUUGGAAGAGAGAUUCCAUUGGAAAGAGGUUUCGUAUGCAUGGCCAUCCGAUGCAGCCAAGGAGGAAGCGAUAAAAAGUGGACGUUAUCAAUCGGAAAACAAUUUACCGCUGGGACUUGAAGUGUGGAAGAGCAAGCUGUUUAUCACCGUUCCCAGAUGGAAGUCUGGCGUUGCUUCGUCGUUGAAUUAUGUGGAUAUCGAGAGUAAAGAGUCGAGCCCAGCAUUAAUUCCAUAUCCCAGUUGGGAAGUAAAUUCACUGGAUUCGGAUGGUACUGUCACGACCGCAGAAACAACGGGCGGCCGUACGAAUGCACCAAAGGCUACAGUGGUCGAUGGCCAAUUGGCCGAUAAUUCAUCAAUUAUUUCCACAUUUCGGAUUCGCGUUGAUGAAUGCGAUCGCUUGUGGGUAAUGGACACUGGAUUGGCCGAUAUUCUGGGUAACCCAAAACAAAUUGCACAACCCGCUUUAGUCAUUUUCGAUUUAAACACCAAUAAACUAAUCAAGCGCUACACGAUACCACCUGCGCAUAUCAAAGAUGACACCUUUUUCGCGAACGUGAUGGUUGAUGCGCCAAAGAAUGGAUGCGAAGAUGCAUUUGCCUAUAUUCCGGAUUUGGGCGCUUAUGGUACGGUUGUUUACUCAUACAAAGCGGACAAAUCGUGGAGAGUGAGACACAAUUUCUUCUAUUUCGAUCCGGUCAACGGUGACUACAACGUUGGUGGCGUUAAUUUCCAAUGGACUGACGGUGUAUUUUCAAUGGCCCUGGGCGAACAAACAGAACAAGGCACACGAACCGUGUAUUUCCACGCCUUAUCGAGUACAAAAGAAUUCUCCGUACCAAAUUAUGUCUUACAGAAUAAAACGCGUGCAUUGAGCUCCGAAUCAUAUUAUGACUAUAGUUUCAUCGGUGACCGAGGACCGAAUGGCCAAUCGACGGCCGAAUUUUUCGAUGAAAAAACCAAAACGUUAAUUUACACACAGGUCAAUAAAGAUGGUAUCGGAUGCUGGAACACAAGCAAACCGUAUACACCAGAUACACAGGGAAUUAUCGAUAGCGAUUCGGAUGCUUUAGUUUUUCCAAACGAUUUAAAAAUCGAUCGGAAUGGAAACGUAUGGGUCUUAUCGGAUCGACUCCCAGUAUUUAUUUAUAAAAAAUUGAACCCGAACGAAUUCAACUAUCGCAUUUUAACGGGAAAAGUUAGCGAACUUAUUUUAGGCACACCCUGUGAAUGAUACAAUACUCAAAAGCUUUGAAUCACACACUUGAUUACAUUAAAUGAGGGGUUUGGAGCGAAAAUUUCAUACAGAAAAGUUGAGAGGAAAAAUG